AUGUUUUUCUUCAAGUUUUCCGUUAACCUCUCUCUAUUCCUGCACAUUUCAACUACCUGCAUUAUACUACUAAGCCUUUUGUAUCCCUCUGCUUCCCAUGGUUCUAGCAUCUCUAAUACUCGCGGACGACAAUCGAAUUCGACAGCUAUAGCAGUUUCUACUUCCCGAAGUACAAGAGCGACCAAUUCGCCUAGCAGGGCACCUUUAGUUCCGCACAGUAUAUUAACCCCCUCUAGUUCGGCUGCAUCGACCCUUAGUCGAAAGCACCGAGAAAGCAAUAAUGGUAGUACUACGUCAACUCGCUCGACUACUACAGCGUCCUCCAGUAGCGUAACCUCAAGUACUAGUACAUUACCGCCUCCUCCGCCUCCUCCGCCUCCUCCGCCUCCAUCCUCUCCACCUCCUACCACUCACCCUACAAUAUCUUCUCGUAGCACUACUAGUACGUCAACAUUAAUAACGCCCACCUUAUCGACAGAAUUAUGCAAGUAUAGUAAUUGCGAGGGCUCAUCAUGUUUACUCGAAGAAGCCCGAUCUCUCCAAGAGCUGGCUUUACCUGCUUUGUUUAAGCGUGAAAUGAGGGGUCCAGAGAAUUACGACGGCGAUGUGACUAGAUUUUUCUUAACAGAGCUAUAUAAUGCAAAGGCAAGCGGGCAAUUAUUGGAUAAUCAGGGCAGCGGGGGAGCGGCCAGGCUAGAAUAUUUUCGAGAACAGGAUCUUACUACUGGUAUAGUUGGCCUUUAUGGGUGUACUUCGAUUAUCGUUGUAUCAAAAGGAGCCGUAUGGGUAUCGCAUUGGUGGGAGGAUCCCCUCUUUACCGCAGAAAGUUUCCGGGAAUUUCGAGACCGCGUCCUUACACCCCUAGUCGAGGGAACUGGAUCGGAAAAUGGAGACGAACGAAUACCGGGCCUUGGCGGGCUCACCGGUCCUACGCAACCCUUUGAGGCCUUAUAUGAGCCUCGAGCCUUGAUUGUAUCCGUCAGGCAGCAAGAUGGUCCAAAUAUUUUCGAAUAUGCGGGUAAAAUCCGUGUAGUAGAACUUAAACUCAAAUCGCUAAUGCCCAAUAUUCGCAUCACAACAUACAAGUACAGAAGGAAUAGGGAGGCAAUACAAAGUAGCAGGGAACCGAAUGGGAAAAUCCUUAUUCAAUACAGUGCUACUGAACCAGACUGUGAGAGAAAAUACAGGAUUUGGGUGGAGGCUCAGGAGGCGCUUGAAGAGUCCUGGCCGGCGGCUGAAGGACUACCGUGUAGGAGCAGCUCGACAAUCACCUCUUCCGACUAUUCUACCAGCACCUUUACCAGCAGUUCUCUGCCAGUGGUAGAGGCCUCUACCAGCACCUCUACCAGCACCUCUUCCGACUAUUCCACCAGCACCUCUACCAGCAGUUCUGCUAGCCCCACGUCAACCCCAUAUACUCCAUCGACAACUUCGUCGGCAGCUACUUCGGCACCUUCUAGGAAUGCGUCAUGCAUAGCUUCGAGUUUCUAUGGGGUUUUGUCCUGCGUGGCUUCAAUCGCAAGUGGAUGCCUAGGAGGCGAUGAUGGCGUUCAACGCUGCGUUUAUAAGUAA